CGCCGAAAAUAUAACGUGACUUGAGGUUAUAUUUGUUUUUUUUUUUAAAGUUAAAAUGUCCUUUCGCGGAAGAGGAGGCGGUGGAGGUGGCGGUCGUGGCGGUUUUGGAGGAAGAGGAGGUGGCCGAGGUUUUGGUGGUGGCCGAGGCCGCGGUGGCGGAGGCGGUGGUGGCUACAGACAACAAGAUGCUGGUCCCCCUGAGUCCGUGAUUCCUCUCGGCCACUACGGCUGGACAGUUCAAGAUGACCUCGUAUGUAAAGUAGACAUCGAAGACGUACCUUACUUCAAUGCCCCAAUUUUUCUUGAAAACAAAGAACAAAUCGGCAAAAUUGACGAAAUAUUUGGAAAUUUACGAGACUAUUUCGUAUCUGUUAAACUAGGUGAAAAUAUAAAGGCGAAGAGUUUUAAAGAAGGGCAACAGUUUUUCAUUGAUCCUGCUAAAUUAUUACCUUUAAAGAGAUUUUUGCCACAGCCACCUGGAGCAAAACGCGGGGGUGGUCGUGGUGGCCGAGGUGGCCGCGGUGGCGGUGGAUUUAGCAGAGGUGGUGGCGGAGGAUUUGGCCGAGGAGGUGGCGGCCGAGGCGGCGGUGGAUUUGGUAGAGGAGGAGGCGGUGGUUUUGGCAGAGGCGGAGGAGGUGGAUUUGGUAGGGGAGGCAGUGGUGGUGGAUUUGGAAGAGGAGGCGGCGGUGGCGGAUUUGGAAGAGGAGGUGGAGGAGGUGGAUUUGGUCGAGGAGGCGGAGGUGGAGGUUUCAGAGGCGGUCGUGGAGGAAGAUAAAAAUGUGUAUGGUUGGUGUACAUGUGUAAAGACUGUUACUAGAAGAUAUGUUCUGACUCUCCUCACAUUAUAUAAUUGUAAGAAUAGCUGUGUUUAUUCUUACAAAACUAGAAAUAAUGCAAUAUCAAUGUAUUAAGGUUUUACUAAAAGAUACUCUUUUGUAAAUAAGCUUAUGACAUUUAAUCGGAAUGUUUAUACUUACCUAAUGUUUUUUUAUAUGAUACUUAAGAGUAUAUAGAAUAAGUCUAUUGUCAUUUGUCGAGGGCUUCACAGCAUACAUAUUUUUCCAUUAAAAUAAGAAAUACAAAU